AUUCUGUGUGCGAGGAUAGUGCAGCAGCUAAUAAAUCUCCCUUUGCUUUCACUCAGUUUCUCUUGCAACCAACUCAAAUUCAUAUCAUUUCCGUCUCUCUCCCACUCUCUUCACAGAAUGCGGAGAGUAUAGCUUUCAGCUGGUUUUUUCUCUUUCAGAUCUGCUUCAUUCACGAGAACCUGGUGUCAGGGAUUAGGAGUGUGUGAUUUUGAAGUAUGGCGUUAGGAAAAUAUACUAGAGUAGACAACAGGAGGUCGUCUUCGAGUUAUUGCUCGAAGGUGACGAUUGUGGUGUUUGUGGCAUUAUGUUUGGUUGGAGUUUGGAUGAUGACAUCUUCGUCGGUGGUUCCUGUUCAGAAUGUGGAUGUUUCUGAGGAGAAUAAGAAUGAGGUUAAGGAACAGAGUAGGGGUGAAGUGCCGGAGCAAGUGAGUGAGAGCAACGUGAGCAAUGAGAGCAAUGAUGGCAAUAAUAAGCAGUUUGAAGAUAACCCGGGUGAUUUACCGGAGGAUGCGACAAAGGGAGAUGGGAAUGGCAAUAAUAAUAAUCAGGAAGAGGAAAAGUCUGAUGGGAAACCUGAGGAGAAUUCUGAGGAGAAACCCGAAGAGAAGCAAGAGGAGAAAAUCGAAGAAAAGCCUGAAGAUGGAGGUAAUCAGACGGAAGAAGGUGACUCCAAGACGGAAAGUGCAGAGUCCAAUUUAGAAGGUGGAGAGAAUGAUAAUAAGUCUAAUUCAGAUGAGAACCAGAAGAAAUCUGAUAAUGAUGAUGAGGAAAAGAAACAAGAGAAUACAGAGGAAACAAAGGAUGAAGAGAAGAUAGAGGAGAAAGUGGAGCAAAAUGAUAACAAGGAUACAGAUGGUAAAUCUGGUGAGAAUAAAGAAAAUGAUCAAUCCAAAAACCAGGGUUCAAAUGAGGUGUUCCCUUCUGGGGCUCAAUCUGAACUUUUGAAUGAAACUUCUACUCAAAAUGGUGCUUGGAAAACUCAGGCUGCAGAGUCAAAGAAUGAAAAGGAGACUCAACUUACCUCAAACCAGAACACUGUUUAUAGUUGGAAACUAUGCAAUUCUACUGCCGGAUCUGAUUUUAUUCCAUGCCUUGAUAAUUUGCAAGUUAUUAGGAGUCUUCCAAGUACCAAGCAUUAUGAACAUCGGGAGAGACACUGUCCUGAAGAGGCCCCCACAUGCCUUGUUCCUCUUCCGGAAGGAUAUAAACACUCAAUUCAGUGGCCUAAGAGCAGGGAAAAGAUAUGGUACUCCAAUGUUCCCCAUACUAAGCUUGCACAAAUUAAAGGACAUCAGAAUUGGGUGAAAGUUACUGGUGAAUAUCUUACUUUUCCUGGUGGUGGAACACAGUUUAAGCACGGUGCUCUUCAUUACAUUGAUUUUAUACAGGAGACUGUGCCUGAGAUUGCCUGGGGAAAACGAUCCCGUGUUGUUUUGGAUAUUGGCUGUGGUGUUGCAAGUUUUGGGGGCUUUCUUUUUGACAGAGAUGUCCUCACCAUGUCACUUGCCCCAAAAGAUGAACAUGAAGCUCAAGUUCAGUUUGCACUUGAAAGAGGAAUUCCUGCAAUAUCUGCUGUGAUGGGUACAAAGAGGCUUCCCUUUCCAGGCCGAGUCUUUGAUAUUGUACACUGUGCCCGCUGCAGGGUUCCAUGGCAUAUAGAAGGUGGUAAGCUUCUUUUGGAGUUGAAUAGAUUGUUGCGACCUGGUGGUUUCUUUGUGUGGUCUGCAACCCCAAUUUAUCAGAAGCUGCCUGAAGAUGUUGAAAUAUGGGAAGCCAUGAAAAAACUGACAAAAGCGAUGUGCUGGGAAGUGAUCUCAAUUAACAAAGAUACAGUGAAUGGUGUGGGUGUAGCUAUAUACAAGAAGCCUACUUCCAAUGAAUGUUAUGAGCAAAGAUCGAAAAAUGAGCCUCCUACCUGCCCUGUCACUGAUGAUCCAAAUGCAGCAUGGAAUGUGCCACUGGAAGCAUGCAUGCACAAAGUGCCAACUGAUUCAUCAGAGCGUGGAUCUCAAUGGCCUGAGCAAUGGCCUGCAAGGUUGGACAAACCACCUUACUGGUUGUUGAGUUCCCAGGUUGGAGUUUAUGGAAAAGCUGCUCCUGAAGAUUUCUCUGCAGACCAUAAGCACUGGACACGUGUAGUCAGCAAGUCAUAUCUUAAUGGAAUGGGAAUUGAUUGGUCAACUGUUAGAAAUGUCAUGGACAUGAGAGCUGUCUACGGAGGAUUUGCUGCUGCUUUGAAGGAUUUGAACAUUUGGGUUAUGAAUGUUGUCUCAAUAGACUCUCCGGAUACUCUACCUAUAAUAUAUGAGAGAGGUCUAUUUGGUAUGUACCAUGAUUGGUGUGAGUCAUUCAGUACUUAUCCCAGGACCUAUGAUCUUCUCCAUGCUGACCAUCUAUUCUCCAAGCUUAAAAAGAGGUGCAGUAUAGUAGGUGUACUUGCAGAAGUUGAUCGGAUCCUGAGACCUGAAGGAAAGCUUAUUGUCCGUGACAGUGUUGAGAUCAUUAACGAGAUGGAGAACAUGGUAAAGUCCAUGCAGUGGGAGGUUCGUUUGACCUACUCGAAGGAGAACGAAGGUUUGCUGUGUGUCCAGAAAUCCAUGUGGCGACCAAAUGAAUCCGAGACACUCAAGUAUGCUAUUGCUUAGGCUUGUACUAGGUUUUCUUUCAUUCUUGAGGGUGUAACACCCAAAUGAGGUUAGGUAUUCUUUUGCUUUGGUAGCAAAUUUUCAAGUAAUGGUAACUGCCCUGAACUUCACAUAUUAUAUUUUUAGCCUAUGUAUCACAUGUUAGUUAGGCGUUUUUCAUUGCCCGCUAUUAAUUCAUUGUUUCGUUGGAUAUAAUUUUGAUGUUAUUAUGAGUGAGGGUCGAGUGCCUGUGAUUUUCAUUGCAGUACCAUGUUACUAAUAGAUUUCAUGGAAAGAAAUGAAUACCAUUCUUGCAAGUGUAAAGUCCAUUGAUGAAAUACUUGAUUUAUAAUCAAAAUGUAUUGCUAUCCUUUUUAUUGCU